AUGACAUUGCUAACACAGCCCGACACAGAGCAGUCUUCUCCUGCAUCCACUAGAGGAGAACGCAUCCGCUCGAUAUUACGGAAACCAGCAUCGAACCUCGCCCUACGGAUCUCGGACCUGGAUCGAUACCGCCUCAACGUGUGGGAAGUCAGCUGGGCGGCUCCCAAAGAGUCAAAAAAGGAACAUCGCGAGAACAAGGAGUCUGCACCCAAAAGCACGUUACAGACAGGUCGAUCUUUGUUUAGUCGGGGAUCAUCUAUAUCGUCGAAUGAGAUACCCAUAUUCAGUAACCUUUACAAGAGGAGGAAUCUCGAGACGAUAUCACCGACUGCGUCAACUUCCACUUCUUCAUCAAAGGCUUGUGCGACAACAGCGGGCAAUUACGAGCUUGACUCUGAUAGACUUUCUAUAUUUUCCGCAGUCAGCGAGCAAACAACGGUGCAUGUUUCGCAUCUCGUCGACCUUAACAACAGAAGAAAUGGUCAACUGAUAGACACCACUCGACCCUCGCCAGAUCCAUACGACCAGAACGACCAGCCCAACGACCCUCCUUCACCGACACUGACGACAUCCUCCACGCCAUGGGAUACAGAUACACUAGAGAACGUCAUGUUACGUCCAUGGCCUCUUAUCCAAACCCUCAGCGAAGACUCUUUCGUCGCCCGAAGCACAGAAGCGUGUUCAAUACCACGCACGUCGUGUGACAUUCCAUAUCUCAUCAACUGCGGAGUGACAAUCGUGGCGAAUUCGAGCGUCAAGUCCAAGCCACGCGGCCAUUCAUCAAGUAGCAAACCACAACCGCCGCCUCAACCUCUCCGCCCACAUAGUAGCCGCUCGUACACCCCCAUGCUCAAAACACCACGACGUAUGGCUUCCUACAAUAACUCGCUGAGAGCCGAAGCCAUGGACGGCUGGAAACCUCCCAAGUCGCUAGAGCCUGACAUACCAAAGGAGCUGAAUGCCAUGCAGCUCGAUGUCAAGCGUUUAGCCAGAGAAGACAAUAUGGUCAGGCUAUUGCGAUUAACCGAGUCGCAUAACGUGAACGGAUCUCCAACCUCCAGUCAAGACUUGGAGGUUGAGAAGAUGCAGUGGAUGUUGUCUGCACUAUACAACAUGGAUGGUCCCAAUUAUCCUGACAUUCGUGACGAGAAUACAGAGUGUGAACCUUCUGAUCCACCAAAGAAGGUCCUCGCUCUUUAUGAAACAUCAGCUGUUACCUCAUAUCUGGCCGCCGUCAACCACAGUAAACAGGUGUAUCAUCUGUCCGCAGCACCUCUCUCCCCCAUAACCUUUCCAAAUAUCCACCCGGUCCUUUCACCAGUACGAUCACCCUCAGCCUUCCCUGUCGCACCGUCCACCAUCGAAUCCGUCCAUUCUUUACGGCUGCCUCUAGUUAUGCCAUCACAAGAGAUUCCUGCUCUGUUGAGAAACAUACACAGGUGCCUCGAGCCUGGAGGCUCACUGUAUCUCACCAUCAUCGACCCGCUCCCUCUGACCAGCACUCUUGGCCCCUUACUCCGAUCGUGGAUCGAAGACCAUCUACUCUUUAACCUCGAAGCAAGUUUCCGGUGUACCAACCCUAGCAAACUUUUACCUCUGUGGCUGAAGAGUGCAUCGCUGCUCGUAGAUCCCAAUCUGGUCGAAACAAGUCAAUUCUACGCUAUUCCUCUUGACGACAGUCAGUUACAGUAUGUACGAGAUGGGCAUGAGUCAGAAGAUGGGCUGAGGCGGGAGCUUCGCAACACAGUGGGCAGAAUGCUCUGGAUGGAGAUCUGGAGAGAAUACAUCAUUGCUGAUAGCUGGUGGUGGGAUGACCCGGAUAUUCUCCACGAAUGUACACAGCUGCAAACGACGUGGGAAUGGCGCCUGAUCGAGGCUGUAAAGGAUAGUUGA